AUGCAAUCUUCCAAAGAUUAAAUUUAAACCCUAAAGGACAAGGCAGCUUAAAAUUUCAAGACUGGCGACUUCUUAAAAGCUCUAAAUCUCUACGAAGAUGUCCUGCACAUCCUGGUUUAAAGGGAAUAAGACAUCAAAGAUCUACUAGAGAAAGAUAAAAAUAUACCUUAAGCAACUAUCGAUCAGUAUAAUGAAGAAGUUAGUGUGCAAAAAGCCAUAAUUUUCAACAACCUUGCAAUGUGCCAUUUUAAGCGCAAUGAGAUUGAAGAGUCUAAUUAUUACAAUAAAAGAUGCCUUCAAAUUGACAAUAAAUAUAUCAAAGCCCACUACAGGAAAAUUUAGAUUUUGAUGCAGAAGUAAAAAUAUGUCAAAGCUUUGGACUAUACUACAUACUGCUUGAAGCAGUAUCAAGAUAAGUCGUUCUCUGAAAUACUUAGAGAUAUCAAUCAGAAACUAUCCUUAAGUAGUAUGGAAAAUGAUAUCAAACAAGAAAUUCAUACUUUUGAACUUCAAAUUCUAGAUUAACUUUAGAAUAAGCAGCUGAUAGAAAAGAGGGUGCUAGACUUAAACAUAUAUGGUUCUGGAUUAGACACUCUGCUAUUUAUGAUUCACAACACUGAUGAAAAAUAAAAGGAUCAUUCAUUUACUAGUUAGACUCAUUAAGAUCUGUUAUUGAACUUAAUGACUUGCUUUUAACAAUAAUAUAAUAAUUAGGUAGGCAGAUAAGACUUAAAUUUACUUUUGAAGGUCAAGCUUAAUCCGUAAAAAAAUGCUAUUGCAGAUAUUAUAUUAAACAAGGAAUCUGAUUCGCCUAUUUUAAAGUAUCUGAAGGUAGAUUUCAUUAAUAAACUUGCUAUGUCUUAGAAAGGUAGAGAUAUCAUUUAGAAUGAUCUCGAGAUUACUCUGAGCAAGCUUACUUAAUAAGUUAUGAUUUCUAAUGAUUUGGAAUAUAGAUUAGAUAUAAAAUUGCAAACUUAUAGUUUAAUAGCUAAGUUAAUUAGUAACAAAAAGACUGAUGACCCUUAGCUAUGCUUCAAUAUUUAUAAAGAAUUUUUAUAGUUGUUCUAAGAAUAUACAUUGAACUAGAAUAUUUCUCAAGAUGAUAUACUGAUUCAUCAACAAAGAGUGGAGACCUUAAUGGACUGUUAUGUCUACUUCAGUUUAAAAUAUGAUUUCAAAUAGUUACUUAUGGAUAAAUACAAAUAUUUCUUUAAGUCAUUUAUGGAGUCGAUAUGUAAUUAAAAUAAUUUGAAAGAAGAGAAAGUUUAACUAUAUGGUAUUGAUAAGUCUAUGAAAUCUUAGUUUAUCUUUAUAUUACUAAAUUUAAUCAGAUCAUAAGAUUACGAUUUAAUACCCUCAUUCACUUACAGCAAAAAAGAGAAGUUAAGAGAAAUGGAUAUGAGUUAUUAUGAACUAAAAGAGCUUAGAAAAACAUUAAGUAAUUCCAGGCAGCUCUAUGCUUAGCUAAACUAGGAUUAUGUAAAUGAGUAUGGAAUUGAAGAAGAAGUAGCCUAAAAUAUUAGAAAUGCUUUGAUUAUUGAUUGUGAACUGUUUGGAUUAAUUAAAAGCUUAAGAGAAUAUCUGAAAUUUAGGUGUGGAGUAGUAGUCAAGAAAAUGAUUACUGAGAUAAUUUUGCAAAUAUCUUAUUAAAAAAACCUUGUUCCAUUGUUAGUUUCAAAUACACUAGCUAAGGUUUUCAUUUAUACAAAUCCUAACUUAAUUCAUGAUCAUACAAAAUAUGAGGCUAUAACUUUACUUGUUCACACUUUAGUCAAUGAAAGAGUCCAUCAUGAGUUGCUUUUAUUUGAGGGAUUACUUGCUUUAACUAAUAUUUCAUCAUCAGAUGAAGAAUUAAGAGAGAAGUAAUUUGCAUUAAUAAAAACUUAAUAUUUUAGAAUUUUAAAUGAGGGUGGAUGGGAUAAUGCUAAGUCAAUGCUAUUUGAGAAAAAUUUAUAAAUUGUGAUUGCGGCUAUUGAGCUUAUGUCAAACUUAGCACUGACCUCUACAAUAUAGUCAAGAAUUUCCUCUGAUAAUUGCAAAAUUGAACUUGAAUCAAUUUUAUCAUGGUUCAAUUAAGAGCAUAGCAACGAAAAAGUGUCUUUUGCAGUGCUGAGUUUUCUAGCAAAUAGCAUUGAACUGGAAAAUAGCACUGUAUAUAAUAGAUGA